AUGCCCGGGCAGACGGCGAUGGUGACCUACAUUGUCUUUGGCAUCUUCAUCUACAACCAGGGCUAUUUGGACUACGAGCCAUCACGAGGAGCGGUUGCAACGCAUGUGCACGGAAACUUCGUGGCGGUGAGCAGUGGAAGACCCAAAGUGCGCUACUUUACUGCUGAGGAGAUCACGACGCCCGGCCUGGAGAAUGGCAACGUCUUUGUAACGACACGACAGUCAUUGACGCAUCAGAAGCGUGGUGUUUGCGAGGACAAAGACAUGCCCUGCGAGAACGAUGAGGACUGCCACGCGCAAGUUGAUGGCAAGUGCUCAGAGAAAGGCUUCUGCGUCGAACCCUCCUGGUGUGCAGUGGAGGAGGAGACGAUGGUCAGUUCCUUUUCAGUGGAAGAUGCAACAAGGAAAGGACCCCCACAAUGCAGGCCAAUCUGCGUGCCAUUCUUUUUGGUGACGGUGCUAUAUGUGCAGUUGCUACAUGGGCUGGCCACUUUGCUCUUGCUGCUGGGCAUCCAGGUGCCACCGGACAAGACGGGGGUACACCUCCUUGGCCUUGUGGGUACAAGUUUCGCCACGACAUCGAGGUCGCACCCUGUGAUGGACGACACAUCGGCUCCAGUCAUGUUCCUCUCCAAUCACAGGAGUUGGGGCGACUUUGUGGUCGAUUGCACAUUGCUUGGAAGUCCUUCCUUCAUCUCCCGAACCUUGGUGGCGCUGGGCAUCCCUUUCACGGCUGCAUAUGGCUUCCUGCGCGGAUGGAUUUGGUUCUUCCAGCGAGGGAAGAAGCGUGCCGGAGGAACGGUGGAAUGGACCGCCAGGUUCUGGGCGGAAAGCCAUGACAUGUACAGCGGAAAAGGAGUAGUUAUGUAUCCUGAAGGCACACGCUCGCUGAGUCCAGAGGGCCUCCCUUUGAAGCCUGGUGGCCUUGUUUCAGUGCAUCGACUAGGAUGGCCCGUGCAGAUUGUCAUCACCACGAACAAAGAGUUCGUCAUGGCAGAGAAAGUCUGCGUCGUUGGCUGUGGAACGAAAUGUGUGUCUUCAGUUUCAGCACCAGUCUACCCUUCUCAGCAGGAAAACCCUGAUGAGUUUAUUCAGAGGGUCCAGGAGGUGUGGAAUGCCACGUGGAAAGAUGCCUACAGUUCAGCUGGUGUUGAGAGACCUUCUCCACAGCUUCCGGGCGUGCAGGAUCAGCAGAUUACCUUCAGUUUCGCAGGCCCCCUGAAAUUGCAGAUAGCACGAGUCCUCGCGGUGCUCUUAGUGGAUGCAGAUGAGACCUACGAAUUGGAUGCUGUGGCAGACCUGGCCAUUUGGGUGAAGAGCUCGAUCCAGUUUGUAGGCAUGGCUCCUGCGAAGAUUUGGUCCACUGAGACAGACCAUGCGUAUCCAGAACCUGGGUACAAUCUCUUCACUGUUCGAGACUUGCUCCUGCUCUGUGAGCCAACGCCUGUGCGGUUUGAGGAGAUUUCCAAGUUGGGAGCUGCCAUCGAGGUGCAGUUCUUGUGGAACUGCCACAUAAACAAUGACAAAUGCAAGCCUGAAGUCAAGGUGCGUCGUUUGGACACUUUGUUUGAUGAAGCACAGUGA